AUGGAGGAGAUGGUGAAACACCUGUCCAGGUGUCAGCACCUGGGCUGGAUGAAUGUGAUUGAGUUGAAGAGCGCCUCCAUCCAUUGGCUGUCGUGCGGUCAGAAGGCAGAGCCUGACAUCUGGAGUAAGAUGUUCUGCAUCCUGUCGGACUCACAGUUACUGAUGCUCAACAACCUGGAGGUCCAUCCUCUUCUUCUGGCAGAGAGGGCGGAGACUUGUACUGUCUGGCUGCUAAGAUACACUCUCCAUGUGACCUCAGCACCUCCGAGUCCCGCCCACAAAGAUGUUCCAGAGAGAGGGGUGCGCAGACAGAGCAUGCCCAGUAGCUCCGCCGUGGACACGCCCACCGCCAGAGUGACGGGUUUUCUCUCCCGGAGGCUGAAACAGUCUCUUCGUCGUACACGAUCUCAGCCUAAACUCUGUCGUCAGAGGAGCGUAAAGACUGACCUGAUCAACACCGCUGACACCAGCACACAGAAUGCUCGGUGUGUGAUGCGACGGCUGCGUUGUGGUAGCCAGGAGUCGUUGCUAAGCGCCGGCUGUGUAUCGUCUCUGGAGCUCAGGAUGGACCAAUCAGUGAUCAUCAAACCCGUUCACUCCUCCCUGCUGGGACAGGACUACUGCUUCGAGGUCACGACCUCGACAGGCACCAAGUGUUUCUCGUGUCGCUCGGCAGCAGAGAGAGAUAAAUGGAUGGAGAACCUGCGACGAGCCGUUCAUCCGAACAAAGACAACAGCAGGAGGCUGGAGAACGUCCUGAUGGUGUGGGUCAUCGAGGCCAAAGACCUGCCUGCAAAGAAAAGGUACUUCUGUGAGCUGUGUCUGGAUGACAGUCUUUAUGCUCGGACGUCGUGUAAACUGAAGACUGACAACAUAUUCUGGGGAGAACGUUUCGACUUUAGCAGUCUGCCCUCCAUCAGCGCGGUCACCCUCCACCUCUACAAAGACACUGACAGGAAGAGGAAGAAGGACAAGAGCAGUUACGUCGGGUUGGUCAACAUCCCUGUCGCCACGGUGACUGGCAGACAGCUGGUGGAGAAGUGGUACUCGGUGAGCACGCCCAGUACAAGUCGAGGUAAGUCCUCUGUGCCCACGGUGCGGAUCAAAGCUCGGUAUCAGAGUAUCGUCAUCCUGCCGAUGGAGCAGUACAAAGAGUUUGCAGAGUACAUCAGCUCCAACUACCUGCUGCUCUGCAACACGCUGGAAGCCUCCAUCAGCCUGAGGGCGAAGGAGGAGCUUGCUGCUGCGCUCGUCCACAUCCUGCACAGCACCGGGAAAGCUAAGGACUUCCUCACAGAUCUGAUGAUGUCAGAGGUGGACCGUUGCCGUGACAAUGACCAGCUGAUCUUCAGAGAGAACACUCUGGCAACAAAAAGCAUCGAGGAAUACCUGAAGCUGAUUGGACAGAAGUACCUGCAGGACGCUCUCGGUGAGUUCAUCAAAGCUCUGUACGAGUCCGACGAGAACUGUGAGGUCGACCCAUCUCGCUGUUCGACCUCUGACCUCGCAGAGCAUCAGGCCAACCUGAGGAUGUGCUGCGAACUCGCCUUCUGCAAGAUCCUCGACUCGUACAGGGUCUUCCCCCGGGAGUUGAAGGAGGUGUUCGCGUCAUGGCGACAGGAGUGCGGUAACCGUGGGCGACCAGAUAUCAGCGAGCGUCUCAUCAGCGCCUCGUUGUUCCUGCGCUUCCUGUGUCCAGCCGUGAUGUCGCCGUCACUGUUCGACCUGAUGCAGGAAUACCCCGAUGAGCGCACUGCAAGAACUUUAACCCUCAUCGCCAAAGUCAUUCAGAACCUCGCCAACUUCAGCAAGUUCGGCACUAAAGAGGAGUACAUGCUGUUCAUGAACGACUUCGUGGAGCGGCAGUGGAGCAGCAUGCAACGCUUCCUGCAGGAGAUCUCGAACCCCGACGGACUGAACCACACUGCCAGUUUCGACGGAUACAUCGACCUCGGCAGAGAGCUGUCGAGUCUGCACACCCUGCUGACCGAGCUCGACCAGUCAUCUCUGUCAAAGCUCAGUCCUCUUCCUCGGAUCCUCAGAGACGUGUCGGCGGCUCUGGCUAACCCGGGGGGUGUGGCUAAUCCAGGGGGCGUGUCUGUUUCCUCCCCAGAGCCUCAGCGGGUGGUGCCCCCCCCUCCACUGUCCCCACCCCCUCUGUCCCCACCCCUUUCCCCCCCCCUGGCCACCUGUAAUCCCUCCAUCGGCCUGCAGGGUGGCGUUGGACUGGACGGAGGUUUGGUGGACUUUACCAGACUUCCGUCUCCAACUCCAGAAAACAAAGAUUUGUUUUUCGUCACUAAAGGAUCCAGCCUGCAGCCUGCAUCAGGCCUGCAGGGCUCUCCAGCUCCAAGCUCGUCCUACUCGGAACCCAAUGAGAACGAUGCUGGGUUUGAAAUCACCAAUGGGGGAAGGAGGGAGGGGCCGGAGCUGACCAAUGACAGCCGCAGUCUGUCUCUGGUCGAUCUGCAAGACUCCUCCCCUGGCGAUGGCCUCGAUGACAGCCAAUGGCAGCGCAGGACGGGACUCCUCCCCCUCUCCUUCCAGAACCCCGUGUAUCACAUGACCACCACAUCUCCAAGGCAACCGCAGCAGCAAACGGAUGCCACGCCUUCAGACGGCUCAGUGGGGUCGCAGGGAAAUGCAGACGACAAGAUCGCCAUGGUAUCCAAACCGGCGUUUCUUACCCAGAUGUCUGUGGGGCUGGGAGCGGGAGAGAGGGCAGAAAGGACGUCAGCCAUGUCCAGCAGCAGCAGCGGAGAAGAAUACUCGAGACGAGCUUUGUCUCUGACCGAGACUCUGACAGGUAGCUCCGCCCCCCCUCGUCAGAACUCCUCAGGUCCUCAGAGACGCAUUGAUCAGCCUCCUCCCCCCAACUCUGCUCCCCCGGGACCUCCUCGAGGCCGGACACCUCCCAGCAUGCUCAGCGGUGGAGGCGGGGGCUCCGCCUAUCCUCCUCGCCCUGCCUCUGGCAGCAUGAUGUCAUCUAGCCCUGAUUGGCCAAGCAGCGGCCAGUCACGGCUCAGACAGACGUCAUCAUCAUCUAAAGGAGACAGUCCCGAGAAGCAACGAGCUGCUGCCAAGGCUCCCUCUCCCUGUGCAUUGGAUCGUACCGCAGCCUGGCUGCUCAACAUGAACUCUGCGUCGUCCUACGGGGAGACGGAGGACGAUCGCCACGACGACGCCCUCAUCGAGAAGUACCAGCAGGAGAUUGCAUUGCUGCAGGAGAAGCUGCGAGUGGCGGCGCUGCGUCAGGAGGAGUGUGAAGCUCGUCUCAUGGUCCAGGAUCAGCAGAACCAACGUAUGCUGCAGGAGUACCAGGCUCGGUUGGAAGACACAGAGAGCAGACUGAGGAGGCUGCAGGACGACAAAGACCUCCAGAUGAACAGCAUCAUCAGCAGGUUGAUGGCAGUGGAGGAGGAGCUGAAGAAGGACCACUCUGACAUGCAGGCCGUGGUGGACUCCAAGCAGAAGAUCAUAGAGGCACAGGAGAAGAGGAUAGCGAGUCUCGAUGCAGCAAACACUCGCCUGAUGGCGGCUCUGACGCAGCUGAAGGAGCGCUACGCUGUUACAUCACAGAGGAAUGGCCUGUCUCCUAGCAACACGUCGUCACUGCAGAUCACAGAGAACGGAGAGUUUCGCAACUCUGGCAACUGCUGAGCAACCUGUUGCUGAGCUCUGACUGGCUGUGUCUAAGAGGUGGAACUAACUCAUCAACCAUGCUUUUGUUUUGAAAAUUAACCAAUCAUAGCUCUCAUAGUUACCACAGACAUCAUCAAUCAUGUCAGUCUUACAGCAACAGAGCUGACCUCUGACCGGUCUCUGAUGCUGUUGCUAGGUUACCCUUUGUUCCUGUUUUUGUUCUUGUGUUUUUGCAUGUUUCCUCUUUGAACAUCGGAUGUUAGACAGCUCUUUGUCUGACAUCAUAUCCUGUUUCCUUUUGGUACUUCCUGUUGAGAGCUGGAAACUUCCAACAACCCAACUGAAUGUUAAUUUAUGGCUCUGCACCACCUGCAGCAACACUUGUGUAUGGCUCUGGUUUAACUGGAACAAUUCCACAAUGUGUAUGACUCUGGUCCAGUCAGACUGACUCUGUCUAUAUAUGGCUCCAGUCCUUGUGGACACACACAACCAGUAUGUGGCUCUGGUCUGACUCAGUAGGACUAACUGGCAAACAACCCUGGUUCUAUAAGGCUCUAGCUGAAGCACACUGAUCGUAAGCCAUAUGGCUCUAUUAGACAUCUCUGUCUAGAUAACUCUGGCUGGUUUGACUGGUCUAACUGGAGCAACUCCACUGGUAUAUGACUCUGGUUUGACUGGAGAACUCUACCUGGAUAUGACUCUGGUCCAAUCAGACUGACUCUGUCCAUAGUCCUACUGCAGAACUUUGCAGAUGGCUCUCGCCUGAUUGGACCACACCCAUCUAUAUAUGGGUCUGAUUUAAUCAGAAUAACUGAAACAGUUGCAGCUAUAUAAGGCUCUGGUUGAAUUGAACUAACUCUGGAUGUAUAUGGCUCCAGUCCCAUUGGACGAAUCUAACAGUGUGUGGCUCUGGUCUGACAGGCAUACAUGUCUGAAUAGACAGUAGUUGAUUCAGACCACAAGCCACAUAUGGCUCUGGUCUAACUGAUCAAACUGGACUAACUCCAGUUGUAUAUGGCUCUGGUCUAACUGGGUAACCCUGCCUGCGUAUAGCUCUGGUUGUACUGGCCCAACUUGAACAAAUCUGCCUGCAAAUGUAUUUGGUGUGACUGAACCAACACUGGCUGUAUAUGACUCAUCUUACUGAAUUAACCCCAGUUAUAUAUGGCUCUGGUCCCGCUGGAUUGACUGGAGCAACCCCAGCUGGUCAUGGCUCUGGAUUAAUCCUACUGACUGAAACAACUCUGGCUAUAUAUUCACUAUAUGGACAAAAGUAUU